UUUUGAUUCAUCUUGACACUGAAUCUACUGCGACUGUCCAUAUGAUUGCUCCAUAUGCUCGCACUACAUGGUCACUUCGCCUUCCCAGGGCCACAGAUUAAUUUUUAAAUGUAUCUGCUGCUACUUCUGACCUUGACCCUGUUCCCGUUGGUCAUGUGGUGCCAAAGGACAGUCAGAGCUUCAUGGAACCUGGAGGGUGGGCGGAGGAGCCUGAAGGCUGACCUCAAAAACGGCUCUAACGAUUUUCCUAGAAAUUUAACAGAUGGUUCCUGCUUGAUUUCCAACAUGAAAGUCUUCAAAAAUAAUGUAGUAUUUACAUUGCCCGGAUUAUCCAGAUGUACCAAACAUAUAUGUAGAAAUGGGAAAAUAGAAGUUUAUGAACACGCUUGUGAUUUCGAAGGUCAGUGCUACCUGGCCAACUCAACAUUUCAAUUAAGAUGUAUAGUCUACAAGUGCAUGGUACAAAUGAUGCCCCUGGCAAGGCGCACUCAAGUAGCGCUCUUAGAAAAUAACUGCAUAGAUAUGUUUGGACAAUGUCACAAGCCGGGAGCAAGGUUUCCAGUACAUAAAGAUGGAAUCACCUAUGGGAGCUGUACCUGUAAGACAGAUCUAACCGGAAACAGAAUCAACGUUUGCAAAACAAUCUGUGAAAUAGAUGGCAAAGUGUACGCAGAGAAUCAGACUUUUGAGAGAGACGGUAAACCUUGUAUGAAGUAUGUUUGUGAUCACGGCACAGCAAGGGUCAUUGAAGCAGGUUGUCUUUUUAAAAAUAAAUGUUAUCCUCCGGGUGAGGUCAUUAACAAUCAGUGCAAGCAAUUUAAAUGCGUUCAAAAAGAUAAUAGUGGUUACCUAACAUUUGAAAUUGAGUACUUCCAGGCCAGUUGUAUGGAUGACAAAGGUGUAUGCCGAAGCCCCGGGGAAAUCUUCCCUUACAAACAGUACAAGAGAUGUGAAUGCGGAGUGAAAGGAAUGGUCAUCUCCCUCUCUUGUCUUUCCUAGACGUUUGGAUGCAGUGACCAGUCAUUCCAGCUACACAUCAAUAAGCAACAAUUGAAUAAAUGAAAAGGAAAUUCAAACUA